AUGGUGCUCAUCAGAAGCCUGUUUUUGCUGAUUUUCAUCACAGUUGCAUUGGCGCAAGAUGUCGAGGAUCCAGAGCCAGAUGCAACGCAAUCCGAGCUGGAUGAUCAGGCCAUUGUAUCCAGUGUCAUGUAUGCGCCCGUACCCACCAACCGAAUUGCUGUCAACAGACACCAAUUGCCGCCACCAGAGUACAUUGCGACCAGUGGAGAGCAAAAGACUGUCUGCAAGAACCACAGAACCGACUUCUCAAAGGACACCACUGGAUGGCAAGUGGAGAACAGUAUGCAGGAUACAUAUGACAUUAUUAGCAAUGGCCUUCAGUUUCAUCUGUUAUCGCCUAGCAAAUACAUUCGAAUGCAUGACCAGAACAACUUGCCCUACAACGAAAUUGGAGGAAGAGGACCUACACUGAAUGCCACGAGCUACAUGCGCUAUGGUAGAGUGUCGGCUACACUGCGCUCAGCAGGAACGGGUGGUGCUGUUACUGCAUUCAUUUUGAUGGCAGAUGGAGGCGAUGAGAUUGAUUUUGAGUUCCUGGGAGGAGAUAAGGAUCUAGUGCAGAGCAACUACUUUUGGGGCCAGUCCAAGGAAUACAAUGUCAAUGGCGGCAUUCACAAGGUCGAGGGUGGCCACAUUGACACUACAUUUCACAAGUACACGAUUGACUGGAAGCCUGACAGAAUCGAAUGGCUUGUAGACGACAAAGUUGUGCGCACUAGAAUCAGGAGCGAAACAUGCGAUGCAACCGGUGUAUGCAAAUUCCCAUCCCAACCAGCACGAGUGCAAUUUGGAUUGUGGGAUGGAAGUAUAGAGUCUGGAACAGCCGAGUGGUCAAAAGGGCCUAUUGAUUGGUCUGCUCCUCAACAUGGCAUUCAAGCAUUCAUCAAGAGUGUCCAAGUCGACUGUAAUCCAGAGUAUAAUCAAAUUGUCAACUAG